AUGUCAGACACUAAAGAUGCUGCCUCUGGCUCACGAUCUUCCUGCUACCCAAUCGCAAUUCCAGCUCCAGUAACACCCCUCUCCCGUCUACCGUCCCCCUAUGCAGCGCCCACGCCCGGGCCUCACGUGGGCAACACUCCUCCCUCAGCAACCCAUUCCCACGGGUUCCUCCUUUACAACGCCCACGAGGCACUCUAUAGCCCCGACAACCACAUCAAGCCUAACGAGCACGACCACUGGACCCACCACCUCGUUCCCCUCGUCCACCCAGACUACAAAUACAUGAGCCCAGACACACUGGUUGACCUGAUCCGUACCGCCGGCCACGAGCUUGACAGGCGCGCCUUGGUUGCCAGUGGCGUCUCUGACCGAGAGCCCUGGGGGCACAUCUCAAACGCUCGGCUCUUCAGCCUCCUAGAGCUCCUGGAUGCUGACGAAGGUCGGAAUGACCCGGCCCGCGCCUCUACUCGUGCCCCGGUGGCCUCCGCAAUGAGAGAGGUGCAGGAACGUCUGGCGGCCAGACAGAGAGGUAGGGACCGGGAUGCCGCUGAGACGAUGGAUGCAGCGGCGGUAGAGUUUCGCGGGCUGGAGUUGACGGAAGAGGACGUGGCGGCAGCGAGGAUCUUGGAGAGCUUGCGUGGCAGCAAGUAG